GACGUCACAGGGGACGUCAUUCGCGAGCCCGCGCGCUUGCGACCUCGGCUGAGAGCUGGAGCAUCUCGGUCUGGCGACUUGGCGUGGCGCGCGAGCUCGGGCACAAGAAGUCGCUCCAGCCCCAACUUUGACAAGAGAAGUUCUGAUGGCCGAGGGCUGCUGAAGACAGUGAAGAGAGGUCAAGAGUGAGGGACGCCCGCAGAAAACGUCACCAGAGCGCACCGGAAGCGGCCGAGGAUGAAGAGUGUGGUCUACCAUGCCUUUUCUCAGGAAGAGGCCAAAGAGUUCGACGUUCAGGUACAAUGCAUGGCAGGAAGUCUGGGAGCAGCAGAGCUUCUGGGAGCCCAGCAGGCCGAGGCCUUCGUGAGGGCCUUCCUGAAGCGCAGCACGCCCCACAUGAGCCAGCAAGCCCGUGAGGACCAGCUGCAACGCAAGGCUGUGGUCCUGGAGUACUCCACUCGCCGGAAGCAAAAAGAGAAGAAAAAAAAAUCCAAAGGCCUCUCCGCCAGGCAGAGGAGGGAGCUGCGCCUCUUUGACAUUAAGCCAGAGCAGCAGAGGUACAGUCUUUUUCUCCCUCUACAUGAACUCUGGAAACAAUACAUCCGGGACCUGUGUGGUGGUCUCAAGCCAGACACGCAGCCACAGAUGAUUCAGGCCAAGCUGUUAAAGGCAGAUCUUCAUGGGGCUCUUGUUUCAGUCACAAAAUCCAAAUGCCCCUCCUAUGUGGGUGUUACAGGAAUCCUCCUACAGGAAACAAAGCACGUUUUCAAAAUCCUCACCAAAGAAGACCGCCUGAAAGUUGUCCCCAAGCUAAACUGUGUGUUCACAGUGGAAAUCGAUGGCUUCAUUUCCUACAUUUAUGGAAGCAAAUUCCAGCUUCGGUCAAGUGAGCGAUCUGCCAAGAAAUUCAAAGCAAAGGGGACAGUUGACCUGUGAGGUCUUUGCUGCGGAGACGAUUGUGACCCCAAGGUCAUUGAGAGAAAAGCCUGGCAGGAUAAGCACAGGUUGACCUGACUGGUGGCAUGAUUAGGUUUUUAUUUUGCGUCCUUUUCUGUGUCUCCUGAGUGUUCUGUGAUGAAUCCGCUGUUUAUGUAAUCAUAAAACAUAAACAAAU